AUGACAGAUACCCAUAGCACGCCGUUGGCGGCGCAGCUUCUCAAAAAGGCUCUGCGGCUUUCUUCGGCAGGUGCUACCAGAGCAUCUUCCGGUUUCCGCACAUCCAACUCGUUCGAGUCCACGAAACGGCGCUCCACUCUUUUGAUGACGCCUGCCUCCAACAAAAGAACAAGCAACUUGAACGGAUCUGUGCUACCUGCAUCGCAGUCGAGCGGCGGAGGCCAGAAUGCGCCAAUGUCUAACUCGCAGCUCUCGUCCUCGUACUCGCAAUCGUCACAAAGAAGAGGUGAUCUGAGACCCUUGAGAGACAAGAACUACCAGAGCCUUAUUCUGCAAGAGAUUUACGAUUUUUUGACAGCAAACAAGUUUGAGCUCGAAAUGAACCAUCCGAUCAUGCUCAAGACGCUCCAGCUGCCCACGCAAAAGGACUUUGUUUUGAUAUUCCAGUUUUUGUACGGCCGCAUCGACCCCAAUUACAAAUUCACCCGUUCCAUUGAAACAGAGGUGUUCGCUCUCCUCAAGACCCUCAAUUACCCAUAUCUAGAUGGCAUAAACAGAUCGUCCAUCAGUGCAGUUGGAGGCCAAAAUUGGCCUUCUUUUCUUGGAAUGCUCUACUGGCUUGUCAAGUUGAACUUGGCUCUUCUGAAUUUGAACGAAGAUUACUUCAUCGCACCUGACGACGUGUUUGAUCGUGUAUUUAUUAAGUACAUCAUCUCCUCCUACAGAGCCUUUAUCGACCAGAAGGAAGAUUACUCUGAUUUCUACGAGGAGAUGAAACGUGGCUUCGAGUCGGCCAACAGCGAAGUUUUACAAGAAGUGCAAAGCAAAAAAGAAGCGGAAAAGUUGCUACGUCAGGAAUUCGAUCUUUUGAACCGCCAGUAUCGUGAGGUUGAAGAAGCAGAAGCAAAAUCAAAGGCCCUAGAGAAUGAUCUUCGACAAUUCUCCGAAUACAUGGUCAAAAUGAAGGAGCGCCAGUCCAAGUGGGGUGAAAUUUUACAGCAGAUGGAGACCGAAAUUACCAAUGCUGAAAACCAACUUAAAGCUCUUGAAAUGGAGAAAAAGACAUACGAAAACUCCAUCAUCAAUAAGGGAUACACAAUCGCCGAUAUUGAUAAGCUGAACCAAGAGCGGGACAAACUCUCGAAAUCGAUUGAUGCAGUGUCUAACAAGAUCGAAGAUGCAAGAGAGAACCUUCAAAGGAGUGACAGUCAUUUGCGACAGAGUUUUCAAAGUCUAGAGAGUUUCGUCAACCAGUAUAAUCUUAUGACGCACAAGAUUUCGUCUGAUGACCUGUUCCGCCUCACUUUAAACAGCUCUUUGAUAGAAGAUGACACAAAGGGGUACGAUUAUGAGCAAGUUCUCAACAGGCCAUUGCGAGAGGAAAAAAUUAGACUUCUUCUGCGUCGAACAGAACUCAAUCAAGAAGUGCAUAAUAUUCAGGAGGAGUGCAUCAAAAUCGUGGAACAAGUUGACCAGUAUUCGGAGAAAAUAUUCGACCAACAGGAGGAGAUUGAGAGCCUUGAGGCUACAGUUGCGAAGAACAAGUCUACUCAAGAGGAGAUUUACGAGACAAUGGUGAGUGAAGGAACAAGCUAUUCAGCGCAGAUCGAAAAACUUGACCGAGAAUUGCAAGGGUUGCAGAUUAAUGUGAACAAAGGAAUUAUUGAAGCGGAGACGCGGCACAAGAAUUUGAAAAUUGCUUAUCAAGAAUGGAAAUAUCAUAUCAAGGAACAGCGGGAGGUUUUGCACGAUUCGGUCCAGCGCUUGAUUGACUAUAUUAUCUCGUUCAAACUAAACGUGCAAGAGAACAUAGAGGAGCUAGAUGCGCUCACACUCAAGGAGCUUGAGCACGAGCAAGGUCUCGAAGGAAGCAUCAGCGAAUAA